AUGAACUCUUUUGGGCAGCAGCCCGCAAAUCCACAGUCGGCCCCCCUCCAGCAUCCCAAUGCACAGGAUUUACUGGACAUGGCGGUGUACUGUGAUAACCUAAUGUACCCGCAAAACCUGCACCACCAUCACCACCCACAGAGGCCAUCAGCUCAUCCAGCAGGCUAUGGGCUGAGCGAAUAUAGCCCCCCGGCAGCGAACCCCUACCUCUGGAUCAAUGGACCUGCCAUCAACUCGUCUCCUUAUCUCUCUGGGACUAAUGGGACUUCUUUCAUCCCCUCAGGUUAUGGGACCGGCCAGAGACAGUUCCUGGCCCCUGCAACAGGUUUUGCAGGAGCAGAUCUCAGCUGGUUGUCUCUCUCCAGCCAGCAGGAGUUUUUUAAAAUGGUGAGGCCCCCCUACUCCUACUCGGCUCUGAUAGCUAUGGCCAUCCAAAACGCUCCGGAGAAGAAGUUGACCUUGAGUCAGAUUUACCAGUACGUGGCCGAAAACUUCCCUUUUUACAAGAAGAGCAAAGCUGGCUGGCAGAACUCCAUCAGGCACAACCUGUCCCUCAACGAUUGUUUUAAGAAAGUCCCCAGGGAUGAAGACGAUCCAGGGAAAGGCAAUUACUGGACCCUAGACCCGAACUGCGAGAAAAUGUUCGACAACGGCAAUUUUCGAAGGAAGAGGAAAAGGCGAUCGGACGCUCCUGGGUCCAGCGCCCCAGGAGUACCUGACAAAGCGGAAGACAAGAGCGGCGGUGCCUUGAAGUCUCCAAACGCCUCCAGCCUGAUGGGCCUGGGCUCUCCUGCACCGCAGAACUCUCCCGGCUCCGGGAGCGGCCCCAAAUCCUCCCCCACGCCAGCCCUCGAACGGAGCCCGUGUUUCUCCAGCUUCGUCUCCAACAUGCAGGCCCCUGUCAAUGGGAACCAUGGCUUCGCCAGGCAGCUCUCGGGAAGGCUGGCGGGCGAGUUUUCACACGGAAGGCAAGAUGUGCCUGCUCUGAGUUCGUGCUCCACUCCCAGCAGCGACAUUGCCCAGAACCCCGAACUGAGUCCGCCGGCCCACCCGAGAAUGAACUACUGUGCCAGCGGCCAGCAAAGCGGGCUCAGCAUCCCCCCCAUUAACAACUUCAGCGUCAAUCAUCUGAUUUAUAGCAGGGACGGGACAGAAGUUUGAACUGACUGUGAAAUAACUUCGGUGCAAAUCACAGAAGCCAUGUUCUGUGCCUAGAAGUUUGUAUAUAUCAUGGUACUCAAAACAGUUAAUGUUAGUUUUGGAC